GGUCUCUCCCUCUACCUCUUUCGCUCCCUCCACUCAUUCUGCAAUUCUUCCAAAAUCUCCAAAUUUGGGGACCCUUUCACCAUGGCCGACAUGGACGAGGCUGCCGUUCACCUCCCCUCCAAUGACUCCGCGCCACACUUCGAGACCGACCUGUCGGACGAGACGCAGGACUUCCGCAUGUUGAACAACAUCUCAUUUCUCACAGGCUCGUCCCAUGCCACACUGCCCAAGCGCGGUGAGAAGGACUUCGAACCGAAUCCCACCCUCCUCCAAGCCGAUGUGCUCGCCGCGUCGCGCGAGGCGAUGCACAAUGCCCUUGCGCAUCCCCGGUUCCAUAAUUCCAAGAACAGAGUCGUGGGAUACUAUGCGCCCGACGGACCGACGCCACCUCCCUCCGCAUCCACUCCCCAAUCGGUAGAAACAACAUCAGAGAAUGCACCCGAGCCCAGUGUGUCGCAGGACGACGCGGAGACCCAAACCCAACUGAAGAACGCCGCAGACACGGGGUUGGGGAAUAUUUUCGCCGACUCGUGUGUCUGCAUCCCGAAUCCCAAGGGCAACAUGUUCAAAGCAACAGGCCGCGCAGAUCGGUGGAACCGCGUGUGGCUGCUGCCGGAGGAGGCACUGUAUCUUCUGGAACGAGGCAGCUUGGACAUCCGGUGGCCCUCCGCGUCGACCGGAUGUGACGAGGGAGGUGAUACGGAGGAGACGACGAUCCCAAUGAGCUUGCAGGCGGCGUAUGCAUGCUUCGUUGGAAGCGGGGGGCUGACCGUCGAGCGCUUCUCCGUCUACACAGGGCUGAAACGCCUGGGUUAUUCCGUCUUUCGCGCGCCCGGAUGGUACGAUGAUGCGGACGAGCCGGCUCCCGCAGAAUCGCCCCGGCAGGGUCCUGGACUCGCUGGCAUCUAUGGGCGGUUCUUGGAUUGGUUCCAUAAAUCCAGCACUACAGCCCUUGGGCCGGUGGCUGGUUUGGGAAUCCACCGUAGCUACAAUGACAUCUAUCGCAAGCUCGCCAUUGUCCCAUGGUAUGACCCCACCGCUCCCAAGACCGACCUGCCACGCACAGAGGCGCCAUUCCGCGUCGUGUUCCACAUCUACAAGCCAUCCACGACGUUCCGCAAGACCGCCCCUCCUCCGCCGGACUUCCGCAUCGCCGUUGUCGACGCUCGGACGCAGACGACCAUGCCCACCAUGGCCCAGCUGGGUAGUCUACUCGACAACUCCCCGCUGGACCCGCCCCAAGGCGAGAAGAUGAGUCGGGCGCUCUACAUGCGUCUACGACAGGGAUACCGCAGCGUCAUUCUGGCCGUGGUGGACCAGGGCGUGGUCAGCUAUCUGCGGAUUGCCGACGCGGCCUUUGGAAAGGAGAAGCUGUAUGCAUUCGAGGCUCCGAAAGGGAACAAAAAGGGCGGCUUUUCACGGCCCAAUCCGAAAGGACGAUGAACGAGCUCGACACGUUGCAACCGUUUCGACAACACUCCAUCAGACUUCUACAGCAGUAGAAGCAAGAUGAAGGGACGCUGAAGCAUGUCUCUCCUAUUUUUGUGAACAGACUGUGAACACUAUGAACAGACCCUGCAAUCCAUGGAACAAUGGAUGAAGGGGUCUAAAGGGAGAUAUGUACUGAUCUGCCAUCAUCUUUAGAACGUCCGUCCAUGAAGAAAGGUCGGAAGUUAGAUGCCAGAUGGCUAAGCUUGUGCUUGGUAGUCACGGCUCGAGUGCUCGCUCGCUAGUAGCCAGCACGCAAUACACCUGAACUCCGAUGUACAGGAUAGAGGACUUCGAGAGAUGAAACCGAGAAAUCAACGCCAUCUGUAGUUCUAAGCGCUAUACAGAUCUAAGACAACCAUCCCUUU